AUGAUCAAGAGGGUUUUUGUGUUCAGCGACAUGGAGUUCGAUCAGGCCUCCGCAAAUGAUUGGGAGACAGAUGACCAGGCGAUAACAAGGAAAUUUAGAGAGAGACGUUAUGGGUCGUGUGUGCCGGAGAUUGUUUUUUGGAAUAAAAAGAAAAGAAAAGAAAAGAAAUCGAAGGGGCCAUUGUCGUCGGAAAAGCUUGAUUAG